UAGAAAUAGUUAAACAAUAAAAAGCAACUUAUAACAUUGCAGUUCAUCUUUCAGAAACUUAUAAACUUUUCGCCGAGAUCAUGUAUGUGCAUGAUAUAAUUAUAAAGGCAGCAUCUUCUUCUUCUUCUUUUUGGGGGUUACAUGUUAAAGAUCCUACAAAGGUAAAUGCUACUAGAGUUGGUGUUAAAGAUCGGAGCAUGCUUCUUCCCACGAUUCGAACUAUCCCCGUAAAGCCAAUGAUGGUAAUGAUCAACCACAAGAAAGCGCUUCCAAAACUGGUUUCGGAUCUUGAUUUAGGGAGAAUGGUUAACGACGGGUUAGUUUUCCGACAAAAUAUUUAUAUUAGAUCAUAUGAAGUUGGGCCAGAUCAAACAACUUCUAUAGAAACAAUUAUGAAUCAUUUGCAGGAAACAGCCCUUAAUCACUUAAAGACGAUUGGAAUCUUGCAAGAUGGCUUCGGUUCAACACCAGAGAUGUGCAAGAAGAACCUAAUAUGGGUGAUGACUAAGAUGCAACUAGUAGUGGACCGUUCUCCAGCAUGGGGGGAUGUUGUUCAAGUUGAUACUUGGAAAGCUGCAUCCGGGAAAAAUGGUAUGCGUUGUAAUUGGAUGUUUCGCGAUUCCAAAACAGGCGCGAUUUUAAUAAGAGCGUCAAGCAUUUGGGUGAUGAUGAACAAAGAGACAAGAAGGUUAUUCAAAGAGCUGCGUAUUGGCCUAUACGCAGCGUAUACUGACACCUUGUAUACGCUGCGUAUUGGUCAAUACGAGGCGUAUAAAGCCUUCUGA